CAUUUUUAUUCGCUUGGUUUCAAGUCGCAGAAGGAAUACAUCAUCGGAUGUCAUUGAACAAAAGAAAGGACAAAAAACUAACAUUUGCAAAAUAAAACCAGUUUUACAACACUACAAUCGGUGACAACAAUCAUCAUUUGAUUGAAAAGUUAUUCAACCGUACGUGGCUGAUAAGAUAAUUGAAAGAAAAACGCAACGCUGCAGUGCGAAACAACAAUUUCAGUAGAAGAAAAAUUAUUUCUCUCCUCACACAUUCAAUGGGCAUGUGAAAGCCUUCGAGAAAACAGAAGGAAAACCGAUGGCGGAUAAAAUUUCUCCAAAUAUGAAAUUGGCAUUACUGGCGACAAUUUUGGUAUUUUUCUACCUGUAUGAUUGUACACGGGCUGACAGCUCAUCAGAAGAGGACAAUUCAACUUCAGACGAAGAUGUAAAUGAAGCCUUACUAGAGGAAGAUCCAGAGUUCGACCUACUUAUUUUCACUCAACGAUGGCCUAUAACGGCUUGCUAUGAGUGGCGGGAGAAGGGUCCAAGCAAUGAUUGUGGGCUGCCUUCAGCUCAGAAUAUUUGGACUAUCCACGGAAUUUGGCCUACAAAACUGAACACCAUCGGACCAAGUUUCUGUAACAAGACUGCAGUUUUUAACGUGACUGAACUGGAUGGAAUCGAGCAACAACUGGAGCAAUUUUGGAUAAAUGUCGAGAAAAAUAAACCUUAUGAUUCGUUAUGGCGGCACGAGUGGCUGAAGCAUGGAACUUGCGCCGCAGCCGUCUUGGUCCAGCUUAAUACGGAGAAUAAGUACUUUGGUCAGGGCCUAUCAUGGCUGCAGCAGCAUUCGAUGGCAGAUGUGCUUGGGAAAGGCGGAGUACUGCCUGGAAACAACUACACCGUGAUAGAGAUUCAUCAAGUUUUAAUGGAGCAGUUGCAGAGGAACGCCGCCAUAGAGUGCUAUCACGACAAAGCAACAAAACAUCAAUUUUUGAACGAGAUUCGCGUCUGUUUCAAUAAGUACUUGGAACUAGAAGAUUGUGAUGGAAUUUUGUUCGAGGAUGUUUUUAUCGAUCAACCUCAGGGUAAGCUCAUUACAAAUUGUAAUCUUAACAAACCGAUUAUCUACCCAGCAACGAUACCUUCAUUACGCAGUCAAAAAGAAAAUAAGUCACCCGAAAUUCUUUUAGAAGAGUAUAAACGAAAGAAAGCACAGGAGAAGAAAACAAUGAAAUUUUGGGUUAACAUCUACAAACUAAUUCAGUUGCUAAAGUGGGCGACAAUGUAAAUUACAGAUGAAGGCAUUUUUGCAUAGCUCAUCAAAAUCUUAUGUUUAGACAGCUCAUAUGACGAACAACUAACACGACCUAUCAUGUCAUCCUUAUUUUUUUUAUUUUGAUUACUUAGUUCCAUCUUUUUAACGAAAUUAAAACUGCUAAAGCUACAAUCAAUAAUAUUUGAUUAAGUAAUGAGGUAAUGAAGUUUAGUUUUGAACCUGGCAUCCGACAAAUAAUUUAAUCGGUCAUCAUAACAAGUGUUACUUUUUUAGCAUUGUAAAUAGUACCCUUAAUCGUAAUUAAAACGCCCUUAAAAGUGAAGCAACCCGAUUCUAACUACUCAUAUAAGGGAUUUUCUUUUUGAUCUUAAGUAAAUAUAAUAACAAAAUAAGUUGAAAUUUAGUUUUUUUCGUUUUUUUUCUUUUUGACAAAACCAAUAAAUAUUCCAAACCA